AUCACUGGCCUAUUAGGGUACACAAUGCCCCCUGUUGCUGCGGGUCCUGCCACUGGCUCCUUUCUCCACCACUUCAGAGAAGUAUCCUCCGACCGGGCUGACCAGCACCAGCCUCAGUUCAGAGUAGUAUCCUCCGACCGGGCUGACCAGCACCAGAACCAGCGACAGCCUCAAACCCAGCCUCAGCCUCAGCCUCAGCCCCAGCCCCAGCCUCAGCCUCAGCCCCAGCCUCAGCCCCAACCCCAGCCUCAGUUCAGAGUAGUAUCCUCCGACCGGGCUGACCAGCACCAAACCCAGCCUCAGCCUCAGCCUCAGCCUCAGCCCCAGCCCCAGACUCAGCCUCAGCCUCAGCCCCAGCCAGACCAGCCCCAGCCUCAGCCCCAACCCCAGUCUCAGACAAGGCUUCAGCCUCAUCGCCUGAUUCCAUCCUGACUCAGGCAGUAUCCAACGGCAGGCUGCCGGGCCACGGGCGUAGCAACGGGCGUAGCAACGGACACGGCAUGGGCAACUCCUCCAGAAAGGAGGAGGAGGACGAGGAAGAGGAGGAGAAGGAUGGGGAGAAGGAGAAAGUAAUGGCGGAGGAGAAGAGGAGGAGGAGGAAGAAGAAGAAAGAGGAGGAGAUGGAGGACGAUGAGCUGCCCUUAGGGGUGGAGGAGAUGCUGGCGAGCGGAGAUCCCGUCUUGGACCUGAGCUAUAAGAAGUUCCGGAGGUUACCCGGUGUGGUCUGUGGGCUACGCCACCUGGAGAAGCUGUACGUGUGUGGGAACAGCCUACGGACCCUCCCGGAGAACAUCGUCCAACUGAAGGGCCUCCGCAUCCUGGCUCUGGACUUCAACAAGAUGGAGGACGUCCCGUUGGCUAUCUGUCAGCUCCGCAACCUGACGCGUCUCUACCUGGGCUCCAACCGCCUGAUAUCCCUCCCUCCGGAGCUACGCAACCUUCAGAGCCUCCGCUGCCUCUGGAUGGAGAGCAACUACUUCACGUGCUUCCCCCGCCAGCUCUACGACUUACCCCACCUCAGGUCCCUGCAGAUGGGGGACAAUAGGCUACGGACCCUGCCUCCGGACCUGUGGCGCAUGGAGGCCCUGCGGGGACUGUGGCUCUACGGAAACCGCUUCACCGAGUUCCCCCGGGUCUUACUCCGCAUGGUGGAUCUGGAGAUCUUAGACCUGGACAAGAACAAGAUCGAGGUGUUCCCUAACCUGAGCCGGCUCCCCGCCCUCCGCCUCUUCUCCUACGACCACAACCCCGUGGAGGGGCCUCCCGGCGUGGGAGAGGAGGUGUUGCUGGUUGGGGAGGGGGCCCAGGAAGAGCUCCAGGAUCGGGCGGACAGGAAGGCUAAGAAGGAGCAGGAGGCGAGGGACGCGGAGGAGGCGGUGCUGGCCGGGGACGGGCCUGUGAUCCAGGGCAUUCUAAAGACGGCCAAACAGAACAGUGCGUCGCACGCCGGGCACAAGUACAAUGAGGUGGUAACCGUGGCGAUGCCCCUAACCGAGGAGGAGAGGAGGAAGAAGGAGAUGGAGGCGGAGUUAGAGAGGGCGUUGAACGAUUACGGGGCGGGGCUUGAGUAUGACCUAGAGGGGAUAGAAUAUGAGAAGGAGGAGCUUAUAUGCGAGGGGGAAGGGUUUGAGGGGUAUGAUGGUGGGGAUUUGGAGUACGAACGAGGAGAUAUGGACUAUGAGUAUGAGGAGGGGGAGGAGCUAGAGGAACCAGGAAGACAAGGGGGCCGGCAUUGAUGACUGACUGAUUGACUCCUCCUCCUGCAAAGGCUCAGACUCCUCCCCUCCUAAAUCUAGACUUGUUUGACAUUGCGGCAGACAUUGCAGGCGACUGACUGAUCUACAAGUCACCUUGCAUCAUAAAUAACUACUUAGAAUUAUUUGUAGAUCAGUCAGUCACAAUUGACCUUCAAUGCAUCACGGAUUUGAUGCUCUCGGACACAGCCUCUCACUCCUCCCUUCUUAAGACGUUGACCCUUCCUCUUCCUCUUCCGAAGACUCUGAAUACUUGACAGCUUCCUGAUUUGCACUAGGUGGGGAAUUUGAGAACUAAGUGGACAAGAUAUGGGCAAAAUGCCCAGGAAUUAGCUAUCAAGUGAAUUAAAAUAUUUUUCUUCUGCCUUCCUUGGCUAGGCUAGACAUUUUUAUGAGAACGCUCCAGCUGUCAUGACAACGCCCAACCAGAAGGUUGUUUAAACUUUAGUAAAUCCUGUGUGAAAUGAAUGAAUGAGUGAAUGAAUGAAUGAAUGACUAGCCUCCUGAACCUGUUACUUUGUCUUUCUCUCUGUAGUUAGCAGUAGGACAGGGCUGAGACACUAAAUGACUCAUUAGAUGUUUUUCUAACUGACCUGAAGAUAGAUUCAUGCACUGGCACAUUGCGGAGAUGAUGGAUGGAUGGCAGGCAGCGGCGUCUUUGCCAACUCGGCAAAUUGGCAAGUCAGAGCAGGACUCAGGUGAUGCUGUGUGUGUGUGUGUCAAUGUGUGUGGUGUGUGUGUGCUUGGAGUGUGUGUGUGUGUGUGUGUAUUUGAG